AUGAAGUUUCUUCUACUGAUACUGGUCUUGCAGGUCACUGCUUCUGCAGCUUUUCCCUUGAUGAGCAACACAAGCCUGGAAGAAAAUGAUUUGGAAUUUGCUGAAAUGUACUUAGAAAAAUUUUAUGGCCUUGAGAUGGAGACAAUGCCAAAAAUGAAACUCAACAGAAACUUCAUGGAGGAAAAAAUCCGGGAAAUGCAGCAGUUCUUGGGGCUCCAAGUGACCGGGCAACUGGACACAUCUACUCUGGAAAUGAUGCACACACCGCGAUGUGGAGUGCCUGACAUUCAUCAUUUCAGCACCAUGCCAGGGAGGCCAGUGUGGAAGAAACGUCACAUCACCUACAGAAUCAAUAAUUACACUCCUGACAUGAGGCGUGAGGAUAUUGACUAUGCCAUCCAGAAAGCUUUCCAAGUAUGGAGUAAUGUGACCCCCCUGAAAUUCAGAAAGAUUAACACAGGGGAGGCUGACAUUAUGAUACUUUUUGCACGUGGAGCUCAUGGAGACUAUAGUGCUUUUGACGGCAGAGGUGGAGUCAUAGCCCACGCCUUUGGACCUGGAGCUGGUAUUGGAGGAGACACACAUUUUGAUGAGGCUGAAAUCUGGACUAAAAAUUCCAGAGGCACAAACUUGUUCCUUGUUGCUGUUCAUGAGCUUGGCCAUGCCUUGGGUCUCAGCCAUUCCAAUGACCCAAAGGCCAUAAUGUUUCCCACCUAUGGUUAUCUUGACCUCAACACAUUUCGCCUCUCUGCUGACGACAUACGUGGCAUUCAGUCCCUCUACGGAGGCCCAGAAGAACGCCAACCCGUGCCAAAUCCUGACAAUCCUAAAUCAGUUAUCUGUGACCCCAAUUUGAGUUUUGAUGCUGUCACUACAGUGGGAGAUAAAAUCUUUUUCUUUAAAGACAGAUUCUUCUGGUGGAAGGUUCCUGAGAGACCAGAGACAAGUGUUAGUUUGAUUUCCUCCUUAUGGCCAACCUUGCCAUCUGGCAUUCAAGCUGCUUAUGAAAUUGAAGGCAGAAAUCAAGUUUUUCUUUUUAAAGAUGACAAGUACUGGCUACUUAGCAGUUUAAGACAACAGCCAAAUUAUCCCAAGAGCAUACAUUCUCUGGGUUUCCCUGAGGCUGUAAAAAAAAUUGAUGCAGCUGUUUUUAACCCACAUCUUCAUAAGACCUACUUCUUUGUAGAUGACCAAUACUGGAGGUAUGAUGAGAGGAGACAAUCCAUGGAUCCUGGUUAUCCCAAAUUUAUUACCAAGCACUUCCCAGGAAUUGGGCCUAAAAUUGAUGCAGUCUUCUAUUCUACAAACAGACACUACUAUUUCUUCCAAGGAUCCAACCAAUUUGAAUAUGAUUCCGUAUACCUUCGUGUCACCAAAAAGCUGAAAAGCAAUAGCUGGUUUGAUUGUUAGGAAUGGUGUAAUUAAUGGUGCUUGUCAGUUCACUUCAGUUUAAUAAGUAUUUAAGGCACCCUUGCUAUGUGUUCAGUGUACCACUAUGUAGUGAUAUGUGUCAUAAAAUGAGGUAAAAUCUACAAACCAUAGGCAAAAGAUUAUAUAAAUAAAAUUUUUUUUGAUUUUGAAAA